AUGGAAAUGAUCGAAGUAGACCGGCAUGUUAGCUGCCGUAGCAUCGCCCAGAAACUAAAGAUCGACCAUAAAACAGUUUUAAACCAUCUCCAUAUAGCUGGAUUAAAAAAGAAGCUCGAUGUCUGGGUGCCACACGAAUUGACGCAGAAAAACAUAAUGGAUCGAAUUUCCAUUUGCGAAGCUUUGGCCAAACGGAACGAAAUAGACCCAUUUCUUAAACGGAUGGUGACUGGGGAUGAGAAAUGGGUCACAUACGAUAAUAUUUGGGACUGGAAAGGAAUCAUCCGCUACGAACUGCUUCCAUAUGGCCAAACACUAAAUUCGGACCUCUACUGUCAACAAUGGGACCGGUUGAAGGUAGCGAUUGACGAGAAGCGACCAGAAUUAGCCAACAGGAGAGGUGUUGUGUUCCAUCAGAACAACGCCAGCCCACACACGUCUAUA